GCUUCUGUUUAAAUUAUAGACCAAGAGUCAUAAUUCCAAUAUAGGCCUACUUCAUUAUAUUUUCGGAUAAAAGCUUGUAAGACGAAAUGAACACUUGAUGACUUCUAUAACAAUGAUUUCCUUAGAGAACAUUCUGCGAACAAGACAUACAUUCUGCAUGGAUGAGCAUUUCAAGACCCAGAGAGCAGAAUUUAUUUAAGAAACUACAGCCUUCGGUUGUCCAUAUUGGAUCAAACAACUUCCCCGUCUGCGUAGGAGGAACAUUUACUAUUUCAGAGCCCCAAUGGAGCCAGUUUCACCGUCCCACCGCGCUCCGUAGAGAGGGUAUACGACUCAAUGAUUGGGGCAAAACCACGCUGACCGAUAUAUCUUCCAACCUACACCGCUCAAGAGAUGGCUCUCUGUUCCAAUUGUAAGUGAAAAGGCGUGCCUGUCCAAAAUAUUCAACGUAUAGUUAAAAAAUGGGUGGGUACAUUUUAAACUCGUUUAGGUCCUCUAUGAAGGUAGGCUGCAGCGUGUGUUUAUUGAUGAGAUGAAAGAAGAUGGAAGUGAGAAAUGAAACAAAGUAAGGGAAAAUAUUAAAAAACUCGAAGCCUUGCCGGGGAAAAACCGGGGAAGCUGCGAAACGCUGUCGCCACUGGAGAACAAGCUUAGGACAGCAGCGAUAGUUCUGGAUUGGCUCACGAAGGCACUGCCAGGACAUCAAAUGUGAUCUGGGAUGUCAUUGCCAUGUGGGGAGGUUUCGGAGGCAUCCAGUUUAAAUUGAAAGGGUGGUAUUAAAGAGACCACUGUGGCCCUGUGGCAGAGCGACCUAUGAUAGUGGCAGCAGAGAGGACUGAAGGGACAGCCUAGGACUGGUCUUUCCAUAGCCACCUUCACCAGCAACCUGUAGCAGUGUGCCCUGUGCCUCAUCACCAGCCUCACACACAUCUUCCCAACAAAGAGUCAUCUGACUGUGACAUCUGUUGCAAGGGGAUGACCGAGCGCAUUCAUAACAUCAAUCUCCACAACUUCAGCAAUUCUGUACUUGAGACCCUCAAUGAGCAGCGCAACCGCGGGCACUUCUGUGACGUGACUGUUCGGAUCCAUGGAAGCAUGCUGCGAGCCCACCGCUGCGUGCUGGCCGCUGGGAGCCCCUUCUUUCAGGACAAGCUUCUCCUGGGCUACAGUGACAUUGAGAUCCCCUCGGUGGUCUCGGUGCAGUCCAUCCAGAAGCUGAUAGACUUCAUGUACAGCGGGGUCCUGCGGGUGUCCCAAUCGGAGGCUCUCCAGAUCCUCACUGCUGCCAGCAUCCUGCAGAUCAAGACGGUCAUCGAUGAGUGCACCCGCAUCGUGUCCCAGAAUGUGGGCCUGGCCGGUCCAGGGGGGUUCCCUGUCAACCCAGGGGACUCUGGGCAGGAGACGCCCCGGGGCACACCUGAGUCAGGCACCUCUGGGCCCAGCAGCGAUGCAGAGUCAGGGUACAUGCAGGCCACGUCCCAGCAGAGCCUUGAGCGUGCGUACACAUCGCUGUACUCCUACUCGGGCCUCUCACUGCAGAAUGGAACCCGUGAGCGCUCCCACUACGUAACCAGUAUGACAACAAGCUACGACCCAGCCCUUAGCAUGCAGAAGGACCAGCACGACCAGGACCCGCCGUGGAUCACUCGCAUCCAUGAAAGGUCACAGCAGAUGGAACGCUUCCUAUCCACCCCUGAGACCACCCACUGCCGCAAGCAGCCCCGACCGGUACGCAUACAGACAGGAGGCAUUCACAUAAAGCAGGAAGCAGAGGAUGAGUACAGCUGCUAUGGUAUGGAUGAGUGCACAGAGGACACUGACCACGUUGAGAGUGUGGAGACUGAACCGAAGGGUGAAAGCUUUGACUCAGGGGUAAGCUCCUCCAUUGGUACUGAGCCAGACUCCGUGGACCAGCACCAGUACCCCGUGGGCUUUGGGAGGGAAGGAGGUGGAGAGGGGACCCCAGUGCAGAUUGAGGUCGAUGACUCCUCCCCAGAGCAGAUUCAUGAGACGGAGGAAGGGGGCACAUCCCACAGCACUAGCGACAGUAACAUGUUGCAGCCCCUGCCCAACCCAAUCAUGGCCCAGUCUCUGCCAAGUGCCCUACUCUAUAUGCGUCAGGCCGAAUCUCACACCAGCAACCUGAGGAUGCCACUCACCAUGACCAGCAACACCCAGGUAAUGGGCAUGGCUGGCAACUCCUACCUGCCCACUCUGUUUCCCACACAGUCGGCCAGCAACAACAAACCCUUCCUCUUCAGCCUGCCACAGUCCAUGGGAGGCCAACAGCCCCAGUUUGUGGCCGUGCCGCCCCCUAGUAUGCCCCCAUUCCCUCAGCAAUUGACGGUACAGCAACAGGCAGCGCGGGAACAGCAACAGGCGGCCCAGAUGGGACAGGGGGAGAAGAAGCCCUAUGAGUGCACUCUCUGCACUAAAACCUUUACUGCUAAACAGAACUACGUCAAACACAUGUUUGUGCACACUGGUGAGAAACCACAUCAGUGCAGCAUCUGCUGGCGCUCGUUCUCCCUGAAGGAUUACCUAAUCAAACACAUGGUCACUCACACAGGGGUGCGUGCCUACCAGUGCAGCAUCUGCAACAAACGCUUCACCCAAAAGAGCUCCCUCAACGUCCACAUGCGGCUGCACCGUGGAGAGAAGUCCUAUGAGUGCUACAUCUGCAAGAAGAAGUUCUCUCACAAGACCCUGCUGGAGAGACACAUGGCUCUGCACAGCACAGGGGGCGCCGUCACAGGGCUGUCCGGGGCAGCAGGUGCCGGUGGCCCCGUUUCCAUUCCCAUGGCCGUGCCCGAACCUGGCGCCGGCGUGGCGGCCCUCGCCAUGCCCGUCGGCGGUGGCGCAGGAGUAGGGGGUGGGGUCGGACCAGGAGUGGGUGUGGCUGCGGAGGCAAGCUGCCAAGAAGGGACCACCUACGUGUGCUCCGUCUGCCCUGCCAAGUUCGACCAAAUUGAGCACUUCAAUGACCACAUGCGAAUGCAUGUCUCCGAUGGAUAAGUACAAAUAGAUACACUUCUUUAAAAAAUAUUAAAUGAAAAAGAAAAAUGG